GCGCACGGCGAUUGGCUGGCGGCGGGCGGUGCGACCCCGGAUGUUAAUGACCUCAGCGCGGAGACGGCGGCGGCGAACCGAGAGAGGCGAGGAUGCUGAUUAAAGUGAAGACACUGACUGGGAAGGAGAUUGAAAUCGACAUCGAACCCACUGACAAGGUGGAGAGGAUUAAAGAGCGCGUGGAGGAGAAGGAGGGGAUUCCCCCACAACAACAGCGCCUCAUCUACAGUGGAAAACAGAUGAAUGAUGAGAAAACAGCAGCGGACUAUAAGAUACAAGGAGGGUCCGUGCUCCACCUGGUCCUGGCCUUGAGAGGAGGAACUCGAUGACGGCAGGGCAAGGGGGUGGUUGGGUGAAGCCUGUCCCCCCCCCCCCCCCCCACGUUAACUUUGUGAUCCCACACCACGUGCCUCCCUCUGCAGACCCCCCACCACCCCCCCACCUCACUUGUUUGACGGCACUCGCCAGAACAGUUUGCAUCUGGUUUUGUGGGAUCCUCUUUCGAUGUCGAGGCACAUCAGCUUCUAAUUUCUCGGGUUACGUUGUCUCGGUCCGCUGUACACCCCCCCCCCCCCCUCACCGACCCCAGCACCGGGAGGGGACAUGGACGCUGGGGCAUCGGAGCAGGAAGGCGGGUGGCAGCUGGGGGCCAGUGAUGUCACUGUGAAGGGAGAGAAACAAUCCAUUAAACCGAACUGUGUUAUGCUUCUCUGA